UUGCUAUCGAUAGAUGGACAGGAUGUGGACUACGAUAUGGGCACAGAAAUAGAAGUUCUUGAAGAUCCUGACGACCCGUUAGUCGGGUUUGAGUGGAAUUCAGACCCGAAUGAGACCACAACGAGAGGUAUUUGGUUUUCACAACCAUUUAUUGUCCACAAAACCGGUGGCGAAGAGUUGGCUAUUAUUUUGGUUGACACACAGGGAUUGUUUGACGACGAGUCCACACAACGGGAUAUGUCAACAAUUGUAGGGCUCAGUCUAUUGAGCGCUUCCACAUUAGUAUUUAACGUCAAACGUUUAAAAGAUGACGUGCUUACUAUUAUGCACUCAUUUCUGGAUUAUGGACUACAAGCUGUCGCUUCCGUAGUGGCUGAUGAUGCUGACGAUGAGCAUCGUUGUGAUGAUAUUAAACCUUUCCAGAACUUAGUUUUUAUGAUCCGAGAUUGGAGCCGCCCGGAUUCGCCCACCGAAUACGGCCUAAUUGGUGGUCAAUACUUUUUGAAUAAUCGCCUCAAAAUUAAUGAACGUCAAUGCGACGCCGCCCGUAAUGCCAGACAGAUAAUACGCAAAUGUUUUGAUAACAUAGAUUGUUAUUUGAUGCCUGAUCCGGGACUGGUGGCACAGCGAUCGACAUUCCACGGUUGUGACAAUGAAUUGAACACUGAGUUUAAAGACAAAGUAAACGAAUUUUGUCGUUAUCUCGUAAAUCCCGAUACGAUUAAAGUGAAAGAAAUUAACGGCCAACCGAUCACUGGCCAAGAGUUUGGCCACUAUUUCGAGGCAUACGUUAAUAUGUUUAACAGCGAAUCGAUGCCAGAGGCGUGCGAUCUUAUUGAAGCGACACAUCGGGCCCAUGAUAUAAAUUUAAUUAAUAAACUUAAGACCGAUGAGGGCAUAAACGUCGUCUCAAUUCAGCCGUACAUACAAGCCCUACACAUUCACGAGUUUCAUCGUAUCGCAACCUAUAGGGAGAUUAAUCAAAUUCGUACUGACAGUACUAUGAGUACAGUUGUAGAAAAUUUGAAGCAACAAUACGAAAGUGAGUUGGCGGCAUGGAUUGACGUUACUAUCACCGAAGAUAGAGACCGAUUCAAAGAGGCCAGUCGACGCAUACGCAGUCACAUUGUUACUGAAAAUACACUGCGAUAUCAGCAUCGAUUGAAUCUGGUGCAGUUGUGCUCCCAAUUAGACAUUACUGAGCGCGAAAUGCUGGACGUGUUUAUCGGUGAAGUUGGCGUUCGAAGCCGGGCCAAUGCCGCUAUUAUCGAUCAAGUGCUUAAGUGGUAUAACCAACGCGUAAAAACAGAAUAUGGAUUACAGACGUAUAUACGGCCAGAUAAGUUAGCAAAGAUACACGAAGGACUGGUAAAGGCUGCUGUGGCUCGUUUUAAAGGCGAGAGUCCGCAUUUAAAACCUGAAGCGUUCGCCGAUUUAAUAAAAAAGAAUUUAAACAUUGCUUACACACAUGUUACUAACCAAAACAACAGUAACGCCCCGACAGUGCCGGCCAUUGGGAUAGAUUUAGGCACAACAAAUAGUUGUGUUGCUUAUUAUAGGCCUGGAAAGUCAGGCGAAACGGGUCACAUUCAAGUAUGUCGUAAUAUUAAUAUGGAAGUGACGCCCAGUUGUGUUGAGUAUAAAGACAACGGAGAAGUAGUGGUAGGCGAAGAGGCAAAGGAUAAUCUGUUGGGCAGUCGGCGACAGAUUAUUUAUUCGGCCAAACGUAUGAUAGGUCGACAAUUCGACGAUCCCAAAAUCACCGAAUACAGCGAAAACUGGCCAUUUAAUGUAAUUGAUAUAGAAGGUGCGGCAGGUGUUGAGGUGGAAGUUGAUAGCGAGUCAUGUCAAAAGUUACCUGAAGAGGUGUCAGCUGAUGUGUUACGCAAAAUGAAAGAAAUAGCCGAACGAGACUUAGGUCAUCCCGUAUUGGACGCCGUUAUAACAGUACCCGCAUAUUUCAAUGACGCCCAGCGCUUGUCUACUAUUAAUGCCGGCAUUAUGGCCGGUCUAAACGUGUUGUCUAUUAUUAAUGAGCCUACAGCUGCCGCUUUGGCCUUUAAACUCGAUAGGUUUGACGAUUCAAAUGCGAGAACGGUAUUGGUAUAUGAUUUUGGUGGCGGGACAUUCGAUGUAGCUAUAUUGAGACUGUCAAUGGGCAGUGUAGAGGUGUUGGCAGUUGGCGGGGCCACCGAUUUAGGUGGCGAUGAUUUAGAUCAAAAGAUUAUCGAUUAUUGUUUUAGUGAGUUUUAUUUAAAAACGGGCGUUGAAAUCGAUCAGCAGUCAAAUGAAGGCGAGCGGGCGAAGCGCGCUCUUAAAGAUCGGUGCGAACGUGAGAAAUGGCGUUUAUCCGAAAUGACUGUCGCCACCAUCGCUGUCGACAAAAUUAUCGAUAAUCUAGAUUUGGCCAUUGAAUUGACACGUGAGAAAUUUGAAGAAAUAAACAUGUCGAUUUUUGAGCGUACUAUGAAUUGUGUUACAACCACUAUGGCUAAAGUUAACGGUGGCGCCGGUAUAAAGCCAGAAGAGAUCGACGAUAUAAUACUGGUCGGCGGCUCUACUUAUAUCCCGAAAGUUAAAACAAUGAUCACUGAAUAUUUCAAUGGCCGCGAACCAUCACAUUCCGUAAACCCAAUGUUAGCUGUGGCUGAAGGUGCGGCUCUUAAGGCUGCAAUUUUAAAUGGAAAUGAGGCGUACCUAAACAAAUACUUACAAGUAAGGGAAGUUACACCGCAUACCCUAGGUGUUAGAGAGCAUGGUAAUUGGAUGAGCCCUAUUAUUCCGGCCCAGUCCCGUGUAGACGGCAUACCUCGGACUAGAGUGUACACUACUGUAUCCGACCAUCAAACAGAAAUCGAGGUGGAAGUGUAUGAGGGGGAAGACCCGGUGGCCACAAAUAACACUCUAUUAAAACAAUAUGUUGUGACGGGUAUACCACCUCAAACUGUUGGCAGCCAAAACGUGUCUAUUGAGUUUUGCAUAAACGAUGAUGGUGUUUUGAAGGUUAAAGCCAAAGUUCUGUCUCAGGGAACUGAGCAAGAAAUGGAAGUAACCGAGUAUAAAGGCCGCCUCUCUACCGACGAGCUGAUCAUCCAGCGCCACCAUUUAUGA